UCAAAACAGAACCGGAGUAGGAGUAGAGCAGAGUACGUUGCGUUUGUUUGUAUUGCCAUUGCCAUUGAACGAACACGAAUUAAUAAAGAUUUUGUUCAAUUUAGUUAGUGUGGUUUUGUCAAGAUACAAUGGAUACUGCUCUUCGUGAACAAGUUAUGAUAAAUCAGUUCGUUGUUGCGGCAGGUUGUGCUCGAGAACAGGCGAAACAACUCUUACAAGCGGCACAUUGGCAAUUUGAGACGGCCUUAAGCAUCUUCUUUCAAGAAGCGGCAAUACCAUCCUAUAAUUCUGGUGGUAAUCCACACUUUGGUCAUCAAGUAAUGACCCCAUGCAAUACACCUGCAACACCUCCAAACUUUCCGGACACUCUGCUAGCAUUUUCUAAAAUGUCUACAGGAAAUAGUAACACCCAGUCGACCAGCACAUCAAGUUCAGUAGCUCCACCCCAACAGUCUCCAACUCCUACAAUGCAACAACGGUAAAAUCCGUCAUUCAUUUAUUAGUUAGAAAAUUUGUUGAAAAUCGUUGCUUUAAUUAAGUUUGGUGACUUCAGAAUAUCAACACCAUAAAUUGACAUAGUAAUCAUCUUUAUUCAUGAAUUUAUUGAGCUCAACAUAAUACAGCAUUAAGAUUUUUAUUUUAAAACAGUUGCACACUUACAUUUGGCAAAAGUAAUUAAUGUACAUAGAUGUAGAAUUGCUAAUUAUCAUUUUAAUUUUCUAAAUGUAAAUAAAAUCGAUUUAUGUUAGGUAACUGCUCAAAAUAAAAAGAAAAUUGAUGAUGGAUAAGGUGCUCGGUUAUUUUCUCAAUUGUAAAGUUUUAAUUUAGUCAGUUAUUUAACUGACCUUUAAUGUUCAUUUAUUAUUACUUUGUAAAUAUAAUAACAGUUAUAAUUAGUUUAUCUUGAAACUUGUAGUAAUUAAGUAAACACUGCACCUUUUACAAAUAAAUGCAGGUUGUUUUCAUCAUUCCUUUUUCUAGAGAUGCCAUAAUUAAUAACAAAAUAUAGUACUAAUGAGUAA